CAGCCCCAGCGUCGUCUUCUUUCUCCGUGACUCGGAGCUGUCUGCCUCACCCUCACUGCCUCUGCCUCUGCGUGCGUGCGUCACUGCCGUGCCGCUGCGCCCGCUCGCCCGCUCCCGCAAUAAAUAAACUCGCCUCUCGCCUCUCUCUCUCUCUCUCUCUCUCCCCUCCGUUCUCACCUCCCUCUCAUCCAGGGACCCGCCUUGACUUUUCACGUUGCGUUUGAGCGGUGCUGCUGAUCUGCGAUUCCUCUUCUCUCCACUCCACACCUGACCUGACCACCCGAGAGGGAAUCAUCAUCCCUCUUGCCCGCGGCGGCGUUGGCGUUGGCGGCAUCUUUGGUCUCCGUGCGGGUGUUUCUGUCCGGCGUUUACUUGCCGGGCCAGCGCGGCAUUGGAGGAGGAAGAGGGAGGGAGAUCGGAGGCGUGAUCGAUGGGGAACUGCGUGGCGAGCGGGGGCACGACGACGGUCACGGCGGCAGGUGCUGCAGGGGAGGACGGGAGGCGGCGGGGGAGGAGAUGGAAGGCGCCGCGGGAGGAGCAGCUCGGUUCGGUCCCCGGCCGGAUCUUCUCCAACGAUGGCCGCAGCCGCACCGCCGCCGUGUUCACGCAGCAGGGGCGGAAAGGGAUCAAUCAGGACGCCAUGCUUGUCUGGGAUGGGUUCGGCGGGGAGGACGACGUCGUGCUGUGUGGGGUGUUCGACGGGCACGGCCCGCAUGGCCACCUGGUGGCGCGCAGGGUCCGCGACGCGCUGCCGCUCAAGCUCAUGUCCGCAGUGCGCGCGUCCAAGGCUGGCUUGGACAUGCCCGCCGCCGCGUGGAGGAAGGCCUUUGCGAGCGCCUACAAGGCCAUGGACAAGGAUCUUCGCUCCCACGCCAUCCUAGAUUGCUUCUGCAGCGGGAGCACCGCCGUCACCGUCCUCAAGCUCGGCUCGGAUCUCUACAUGGCCAACAUUGGUGACUCACGCGCCGUGCUAGGCUCGAGGGACAGUGGCGGCGGUGGCGGCAUGGUAGCCGUGCAACUUACUGUUGACCUCAAACCGGAUGUUCCCAGCGAGGCAGAACGGAUUAAGAAGUGCAGGGGCAGGGUAUUUGCUCUUCAGGACGAACCGGAGGUGCCGCGGGUCUGGCUGCCGUUCGACGACGCGCCAGGCCUGGCAAUGGCCCGGGCGUUUGGGGACUUCUGCCUCAAGGAUUAUGGUGUCAUUUCGGUUCCAGAGUUCUUCCACUGGUCGCUCACGGAGAAGGACCAGUUUGUCAUCCUUGCAUCAGAUGGGGUGUGGGAUGUCCUUAGCAACCAGGAGGCUGUUGACAUUGUGGCAUCGUCCCCAAGCCGAUCUAAGGCUGCAAAAUCCCUAGUCGAGGCCGCUACCCGUGAAUGGAAAACCAAGUACCCGACAUCAAAGAUCGAUGACUGUGCAGUGGUUUGCCUAUAUUUGGACGGCAAAAUGGACCAUGAGCGUGACUCUACGGCCUCCAUGGACAACAUCAGCCUCGAAGGUUCAGUUGCAGACCCAAAUGAAGCUCCGGAGCAGGAGCCAGCGCUGACCCGCAACUUCACAGUCAGGACGGUAGCCGGAAGCGCCCAUGAGAAGGCACUGUCGGGCGCGGUAGAUGCAGUUGUUGCCGGCGCAGCCCACGAUCAGAAUUGGUCAGGCCUUGAUGGAGUGACGCGGGUGAACUCACUCGUCCAGCUUCCCAGGUUCUCCGAGGAGAAGGCGAUUGGCUGAUGAACUGCAAUUCUUUGGUUUUUAAUUAACUUAUUUUCUCCUGUUUGAAAAUUUAGUUUAGUUGCCUGUUGUUUGAGAGGAAAGGUAGAAAUGAAACAUGGUCUUGUGAUUUGCAUCGGGCGCGUAGCUAGUGUGUUUGAGCCACACUGUGGUUAGAGUGUUUGUGAGCUGCGACUUUUAACACAGCAAAAUUGUGCUUUUCUGAAGUACAAAGGGUUGAUCCUGUCCUGUGUUCUACCUUCAGGUAUGAUAAGCAUGCCUGAAAGGUGAAACAGCAAGCAGCAAGGGCACCUUUGUUCAGAGCUUGCAGUUUUGCUGUGUUUAAACGAACAGCUCGUGCUCUCACAGUGGGCGCAAACGCAUGCUAGGCGCCAGUCAUCUGGGAUGAUGACGCUGUCGGGUGACCUGUAAAUUCCACCAUCGUCCACCGGCACUUGGCUUUUGUAAAGAGAUGCGUCUGUCUGGGCUUUUCCCGGGCGUAGCUUUUGUUGACAGGGCGCCGAGGGCUUUGUGUGUCGGCUUUA